UAUAACACUCGGACAAUAUCUUCGAAAUUUUAUGGAGCACCAAACUUUGACGUUGUGGUUUAUCCCCAAUUGCACGAUUUCCUUUACUCCCGAGGAGUUAAGUAAAGAUCUACCAAUUCCUCCAAUUGCAACUGUUGAGCACUUGGAGUUGGGAAAUGUUCCUAUAAUGCAAGACUAUACAGCUCUUUUAGAUGGCUUAUUAUGGAGUUGUCAUCCAAAAGUCCUGUUGAUACGUGCAGAUUCAGAAAGCAAGGAAUUUGUAAAUUUCUUAUCUGAGACACUAGUUAUCAGAGAAGAAGAGCCAAAAUGCUGCGGUGAUAGUCACAUGAAGUGUUGGAGGCAUUACUUAAAAGCUGUCAAGUCAGAACCAUAUUUGGAUGGGAUGGAGUAUGUGAAGAAUGGAUAUUGUUGACACAGGAGUGCACAUGGGACAAGUAAAAAAGACCAUUCUAUAGAAGUCUACAAAGAUCACUAACAUCGAUCUAAAUCCAAAGAAGUUGGAGUCAGCAUUUUUUUGGGUCAUUUUCAAAGUUAGUUCUCAAACAGAGUGUGGAGGAUUUUAUGGCUGUUUUACUACGGUCAGCAUAAUGUACUCAGGAACCGUGUAUCUAUUUGGUUUCCCAAAGUGUAUUUUUUCAAUU